AUGGCAGACAACGCGGAGCUCGAAUCGUUUCGCCGCGAGUGGCGCGAGGAGGUUGCUCGUCGAUCCAAGCCUAGAUCUCGAGCUGCCCCUCCUUCUGCCCCGGCCGCUGCGCCGGCCCCGCCGCGACUACCACCGACUGCCUAUGAAGCUAUUCACCGCAAGGAGCUGGAGGAGGAGGGACCCCCGCCGGGCUCGUUCGAUCCGGAUGACCUUGCCCGGCAGGUCGAUGAUCUGAGUGUCAAGCCGGGAGAGAGGGAAGAGGAAGAUGAGUUUACUCGUCAGGCACAAGCUGAGCCCAACUCGGCGUUGGAACACUUCGAGCGGGCAGUUGAGAAGGAGGCUGCAGGUAAUCUUGGCGACAGCCUCCAGCACUACCGGAAGGCGUACCGGCUGGACGACGCUGUCGAUAAGACCUACCGGAACAAACACUUUGCCCAUGUCUGGAACAAGAAGCCCACAGCACAACCCCUGCCAAGUGAUACUGCAGCUGUACCCGUGACAGUUCCAGCGGCAGCGUCUGCCGAGACUGAAGUCCUCCCUACAUCCGAACUGAUCGCGUCUUUUGCGCAUCUUCCUAUAUUGCCAGCCGAGCCUCUGAUAGAAAAAACCCCUCCACCGCCAUGUCCCAUUGCGAACGUUCCAUCGGAGGUUUUGAUCGUCAUCUUGCGGCAUGUGGCGACGCGAGAUCCUUCUACAUUCGCUCGAAUGGCCCUGGUCUGUAAGCAAUUCGCAUACCACUUCGCGCAUGAGCAGCACAUCUGGAAACAAAUCUGCCAGCGUCCGGAGUUUGGAUUCCAGGGCAUGCAUUAUGAUUUUGCAUGCGACGUCAUAGGACAGCCUAUAUAUACACUACGCGGAGAACGGUAUACACCAUUUCCGGAGGGAGUAGCGCUUGAGAUUCCCAAGCCAUUGUCUUCUUGGAGCCAGGUCUUCCAAUCAUAUCCUCGAAUCCGAUAUACGGGCAUCUAUAUCAGUACAGUCAACUAUAUGAGGGCAGGUGCGGCGUCCGCCUUUCAGAAUGUCUCGUGGAAUAGUCCCAUUCACAUUGUGACAUAUUAUCGCUAUCUGCGAUUCUAUCCCGAUGGAUCCGUCAUCUCAUUACUCACGACGACCGAACCAGUCGAUGUGGUGCCACAUAUCAGCAAAGAGAAUAUGAUUCUCGCGCGGACGACCAAACGCGGAGCCCACCAACUACAGGCAUCUACUGAUCCCGGCAAAUCCUUCUCAGGGGCAGCGGACUACGUUCCCCCCGUCGCAAUGAAUACACUCAAAUACUGCCUUCGUGGGCGCUGGCGCCUGGCGUCGCCGGUCGCUACCGAAGAUGACGAGGAACAGGGACUUGAAUGCGCGCCUGGCCAGGAGCCAGCACCUUUCGACCCUCGCGAUCUGGUCAUCGAAACAGAAGGUGCGGCUUCGCAGUAUGUCUAUCUGAUGAACCUCUCUCUGCGAUCGCCAAACGCGUCCAAAUCGCACACGAAUCCCUCCAAGAAUACCAAGCUUGUCUGGCGCGACUUCUGGAGCUACAACAAAAUCACCGACGACUGGGCCAAAUUCAAUCUCCGUAAUGACCGGGCCUUUGUUUUCCGCCGGGUUCGAGGCUGGGGUCUUGACUAA